AAAAAAAACAAACAACCAAAAUGUAUGAACAUGAUAUGUUUGGGGUGUCCGGCGUUUGAUUGAUUUGUGUAACCAAUAAGCUGAAAACUUAGUCCAAAAAUCACCAAGAACAACAACGACUAAGCCCAAACAUUAGCGGAUGCCGAGAGACUGUGCGCGGCGCCUCAAGGCCGGCUAACGCUUAACCCCCCCACCACAUGCCCCAAGAGGCCCACGCCUCAGCCUAACCCCGAUAGCUGCAACCAUGUGAAUGCAGGCCAGAAUGCAAUUAAAACUACUAAACAACAGCCACUACCAGCCAGACCAGAGCCCAGUCCACGACUAGAGAGCAGCACGAGAGCGAGCAGCAGAGCAGCAGGGAAGCAGCCUGAUCCAGGGAGCCAGCAUCAUCAUGGCUGGGCCACAGAUACAGCACACCCAACGCCCCAACAGCGCCUACUACACGGGUCUGAAUGGCAGCGGGGGCAGCGGGGGCAGCGGGGCUGGUGGUGCAGCCAGUGCCUCGGGCAUGGCAAGCAGCGCCUCGCACACUGGACUGCACGCCCUGCGCCAGGUGACCAACGAAACGGAGCUCAUCUAUCGAGGAAGCCACAGCAAUGGCACCGUCAAUGAGCUGCCCCCAACAGCCGCACAUCAUCAGAUGCUCGCGGGUCGCAUCACCCAGCAACAGCAGCAGCAGCAGCAGCAGCAGCAGCAGCAUCAACAACAGCAGCUAGUCAGCAGCAUAGCUGGCACCGGAUCGAGUGCCACGGAUGCGCUUAUUGGCACCAUUGCGACAAGUGCCGGUGGAGCAACAGGUGGCGGUGCAGGCGGUGCAGGCGGCAGCAGCAGCAGCACAGCGAUAACCGCACUCGGGCAGCUGAAGAAGUCCAGCACACAGCGCAGCAUUGAGAUAAUUGUGGAUGCCAGCCAGUGUGGCAGGGAGGUGGGCGCAACAGCGACACCGCUGGAUACCGACGAUGUGGAGCAGGGUGGCGGUGGCCAGGAGUCCUCCUCCUCGGUGCGCAAGUCGUCGCGGCAUCGCCAUCGGCCGCUCCAUCGACGCCUCAUCGGCUAUCUGCGCAACCUCUUCCAAGGCAGCACAACGCAAACUGAUUCGGAACUGGAGGAGUUCGAGACGCCAGCACGCUACAGACCGGACUCGCUGAGCGCUUUGAGUCGGGCCACCCGCUUCACCGAGGACGAGAUCAAACGAAUUUAUCGCGGCUUCAAGGCUGAGUGCCCCACGGGCGUCGUCAAGGAGGACACCUUCAAAGUGAUCUACUCGCAGUUUUUUCCACAGGGAGCCAACCCAACCUUAUACGCACAUUAUGUAUUUAAUACACUGGACCAGGAUCGCAGCGGUAUUGUCAGCUUUGAGGACUUUGUUCAAGGACUCUCGAUACUGUCGCGCGGCUCGGUGGAGGAGAAACUGCGCUGGACCUUCUCGCUGUACGACAUCAAUGGCGAUGGCUUCAUUACGAGGGAGGAAAUGACUGACAUUGUGACUGCCAUAUACGAGCUAAUGGGCCGCCUGCCCGACGAGUGUCCCGAGGAGGAGAAGAUCAAGGGCAAGGUGGAGCAAAUCUUUCAGAAAAUGGAUAUCAAUCGUGAUGGUGUUGUGACGCUUGAGGAGUUCCUCGAGGCCUGUCGCAAUGAUGAUGCCAUUUCCAGAUCCAUGUCCUAUACGGUGCGAAGGCCGCGACGCAGUCGCAGUCGCAGUCGCAGCCAACAGCAGCAGCAGCAGCAGCAGCAGCAGCGGCAGGGGCCAGAGAAACGUAAGUCAAACCACAAGACGAAGAACAAGCAACCGCAAAAACAACAACAACAGCAACAACAACAACAUAGCACUAGACAUCAAGCGGCAGCCAUAGGCUGCCACAUCAUUGACAUGGACGGUGGCAGUGGCAGUGGCAGUGGCAGCAGCACCACAACAACACCAUCAGCCACGGCAACGGCCAGCACAAUGAACUGCAACAUCCACCAGCAGCAGCACCACCACCGCGACGAGGAAUAUGAAUACGAUGAGGAGGAGGAUCAGGAUGAGGAUGAGGAUGACAACGACGAUGAUGAAUAUGGCUUAAGUCGCUCGGCAAUUUGCCGGCACUGCCAACGUCCACAAUGGGAAGUCGUGCAGCGUCCAGUGCGCCAAUGCCGAUCCCGCUCCAAGUCCACGUCCAAGUCGCGCAAGCGCAGCAAGAGCAGCAAGCGCCAGCAAAAUCACCAAAGAACGAGACAGCAUCAGCAUCAGCAUCAGCAUCAACAGCCGCGCUGGCCCGAACUGAAUGUGGCCAACGAGCAGGCGAUUCGAUUUCGCUGCCCGCAGGUGGGCCCGCUGGUGGGUCGCGAUCUGCACACACCGCAGCCCAAGCACUUUCACCAUCCGCAGCUGCAGCUGCAGGUGCCAAAAAAGAGUAAACGAAAAUCCAAACAUCAGCAGAGGGAAGGAACACAACAGACCCCUCGAAGUCCAGCCCAGUUCCCAGCCAGAGUGGCUGCCGUGGGAGGCGCACAGGUAGCCCAGCUGCCUUUGCCGCCACUGAGCGUGAUUGUGGGUGGGCCAGAGGCGGGAGAGGGAGAGGAACAGCAGCUGCCGCACACACCGGACUCGCCGUCGCUGGUGACUGUCAGCACCUGGUACACGGUGGCCAAGCAGGGUGUCUCCUGCUAAUCAGUUGUGUGCAGUGAGUAUCCGUAUCCGUAUCCGUAUCCUGGAUGAUUCCCGACAUCUCUGCGACAUUUCUCAAUUCAUCUUUUGAAUCGGUCGAGUUGUUGUUGUUGUUCGUUUUUACAUAGAUCCAUAAAAAAUAAUAUACAGAUACC